GUUCAAGAAUGAAUUCCGUCAAACUGAUGCCGAAAGUCUACCCAGGACACCUGGUGGGGAUUUCGCACAAUCUCCCUAUAUAAGCUACAACCCGUGAGAGAACAUCAUCACUGAGUCUAGUAGAUCCAACAAACAAACCUCCUCUAAAAUGGCCUUCAAGUUCGUCGCCUUCGCCGCCCUCGUGGCCGCUGUCAAUGCUGGAAACCUGAUCCAAGCACCUGUGGCCUACCAAGCCGCUGCACCCUUGGCCUACCAUGCACCAGCACCUUUGGCUUAUGCCGCUGCACCAGUCGCCAAGGCUGUCGUCGCCAAGACCGUCGAUGCUGACUACGACCCUCAUCCCCAGUACAGCUACGCCUACGAUGUCCAUGAUGGCAUCACCGGCGACGCCAAGAGCCAGCAAGAGACCCGUGACGGAGAUGUUGUUCAGGGUAGCUAUUCCCUCGUCGAAGCUGACGGAACCCGCCGUGUUGUCGACUACACCGCUGACCCCGUCAACGGAUUCAACGCCGUCGUCCACAAGGAACCCGCCACCGUUGCCGUCAAGACCGUCGCCCCAGUCGUUGCCAAAUAUGCCGCAGCUGCCCCUGUCGCCUAUGCCGCACCCGCUGUUCACGCCGCCGGCCCCGUCGUAGCCAAGUACGCCGCUGCCCCCGUCGCCUAUGCUGCACCCGGUGCAUACGCCGCCGGCCCCGUCGUAGCCAAGUACGCCGCUGGUCCCGUCGCCUAUGCUGCACCCGGUGCAUACGCCGCCGGCCCCGUCGUAGCCAAGUACGCCGCUGGUCCCGUCGCCUAUGCUGCACCCGGUGCAUACGCCGCCGGUCCCGUUGUCGCUAAGUACGCCGCUUCCCCCGUUGUAGCCAAGUACGCCGCUGCCCCCGCCUACUACCACUAAAUAUCUCGAAGGCCAUUCCCAUUUGCUCCUAAAAGUACAUAAAAAUCUAUAAAUUAUCAUAAAAAAAGAAA